AUGGAUAGCCAAGAGUUGGAUAUGGACGACGUUUCCGAGAAUUCAAAGCACAGCGGUGAUGCGGUGGCUGCACGCGUCCGCGAGCAUCGAAGAAACAUUAGCGUUAUCGUCGCAGCCCAGCUCUUGGGGACUACCGCUUUGGUUUUGAUGACCUACUUCAUGCUAAGCGCCACGGAACGGAUCCAGUUUGAGACUGCCUUUGAGAUCUUCACUAGAGAAACUGCGGGGGUUGCUGAGAUGCACGCAGAGAAUGUAUUUGGGCAGCUCCAGAGUCUGGCAUCCUCCGUUAGGUCGGGGAUUGCUCAGAAUCCGCAGCAGUAUCUCCAUGAGGUUUCCAUCCCUGACUUUGACUUGCGUGUCGAGGAGAUUGCCAACUUGACCAAAAUUGAGCUGCUCAUGUUUGCACCCUUUGUUCCUCGUGCAGAACAAAGGGCCUGGGAGGAGUACCAACUCCUGAACCAGGAAUGGAUCCUGGAUGGGUAUAUUGAACGCGGAUGGAACACAUCUCAUCUGAAGGCCAUUCCUCGCCAAAUCCACAACUAUCCUCUACCAGAGGGCUACAAUGAUACAAGGAGAGGCUAUGUGAAUACAGGCUUCAUGGAAGAAAUUGUUGCCAACCACACAGUGGCAGCAAACAAGACAGAGGGAUCCAGUGUUCCAGUGGCUCAGAUUGGGCCGAGACUCAAUGAUACCUCGAUCGUGAUGAUGGAUCUCUUCACGCACCCAAUCUUCAAGAAGGAAAUCGUUGCUUCUCUGGAGUAUGAUGUCCCUGUCAUCUCUGAAUUGGAAGACCUCAGUUUUUUCCUAAAACAUGUCCAGCCUCUGUUGUCGGAAGAGGUUGACUAUUCGGAACCCCGAAGCUUUACUCUGGACCCAAUUAGGGCAGGCUUUGGCAAGGAGUCUAUCACUGUGGGCUAUGUGAUCGGGAUCAUUCAGUGGAAUGCUUUUUUUCGAGACUUUCUCCCUGAAGGCACUAAUGGCAUCGUGGUGAACAUUGAGUCUGACUGUGGCAAACGUUUCACGUAUGUGGUCAAUGGAGGAAAUGGCGAUGACAGCAACCUUAGUCAAUACAAUGGCACGGCCAAGGAGACUACGUACCAGUAUCUGGAACAACGUUUUCGGUUUUUCUGGAAGAACCAUGCCAAGGGAACCUCCCGCCACUGUCACUUUGAUCUUGUCAUUAGUCCCGCCGAAGUUUUUGCUGAGGCAUACUUGACAAAUAAGCCCCUUCUUUGGGCUGGCUUGGUUCUGGCUAUGUGCUUGACUGGUAGCCUGGCUUUCUUUUUGUAUGACUGUUACCUUCACAGACAGCAAGUCCAGAUCGCAAAGGAAAAGGUUAGGGCCGAGGCAGUUGUGACCUCCCUGUUUCCAGAACAUGUAGGACAAAAGCUUAUGGAAGAACAGGGGAAAGAUGAGUGGCAAGCUGAUGCUCAACGGCAAGAUAAACCUCUUGCGGAACUAUUUCCAUCUGCAACUAUCAUGUUUGCCGACAUCAAAGGUUUCACUGCAUGGUCAUCAAGCAGGCAGCCAUCGGAUGUCUUUACGCUCCUCGAAACGAUCUACCAUGAAAUGGAUGCCAUUGCGAAAAUACGAAAAGUCUUCAAAAUCGAGACAAUUGGGGAUUGUUAUGUGGCUGUCUGUGGCCUUCCCCGUCCACGAGAUAACCAUGCUGUUGUCAUGGCACGAUUUGCGCAGGAUUGCCUAGAAAAAUUCCGGGAAUUGGUCACUAUGUUGGAUGUAGAUCUUCCAGGGACAGCAAAACUGGAGCUUCGCACUGGCCUCCACAGUGGCCCGGUGACUGCUGGUGUAUUGCGUGGAGAGAGGGCUCGAUUCCAGCUCUUUGGGGAUACAGUGAACACCACUGCCAGAAUUGAGUCAACUGGCGAGGGUAGCCGGAUUCAUAUGUCAGAGCAGUUUGCCGAUGAACUAGUCAAGUUUGGCAAGGGACAUUGGAUUGUGCCUCGUGAAGACAAAGUGGAAGCUAAGGGGAAGGGAACCCUUACCACAUUCUGGUUGCAGGUCACAGCAUCACGAGAUCAAAGUGCCCUUAGUGGCGAUUACUCAGAAAGGUUUCAAGAUGAGUACGACUUCAGUGUGGGAAUGCCAAAUCCUUCCCCCAACGUUGGGAGCAGCAACCAUACUUCUGAAGCAUCACACUCCGGCCACGACGACAGAACCUCGAGAACUCCACCGUCCGCUGGCAUGUUUGGGGUGGUACCCCAACCUUCAAACCAUGACAACAGCAGUGAUAGUGACAUUUGGGUUUAG